UCUCUUUGCUCGUGCUGGCGCGAACGAUUCGUGCUUGUUGUUACGAGGAAAAACGAUAAAACCGCCGGCGAUGCGGACGGUUUGUGAUUGAUCCGUAUCACUUCUACGACACGCUCAAAUUUACGAUAUUUGUAUUGCGACGAUACGACGAAUGACUGGUGAUUUAGGAAUAUUCUUCGCUUCGUUUUCUCAAAUGCGAAAGGGAAAUGAACCGCAUGAGCAGAUCUGUUUGAAGCGUAUCGUAAGGGAGUCCCGAAUUCUUUUUAGGGAAUACCCGGAUAGAUCGAAGUUAACGCGCAUGAAAGGUAUAAAUAAGAGAUCAAAAGCGGUCGGUGAUACGCGGCUACGUCGCGAGAGCAAUUUAUCGAAACGAUUUUACAGCGGGGCGCUGCGGAACCGAGUGGUUUCUCGUUCAAAGAAACUAGAGAGUUAUUCCUGCAAACAGGAUAGAGAAAUGGAGGAAUUGGCCAACGGGGAAACGACAGUCGCAAGAGCCGGUCGAUACGAGCGUCGAAAGUAGGAUGAGAAGUCGCAUGCACGAUCCGUUAAUUGAAACGAAAGGCAGGAAGAGCUUUCGAGUUAUCGAGUCGAUCUGCGAGGAACGGGGAACGCGAGAGCGAAUCAGACCACGGAUCAACGGUAAGAACGCAGUGAAAAACGAAAUGCACACAACUUUAUUCGUAUCGAUGUUAUCCGGCUCGGCGACCGAGCGUUCAGCCAACGUGUUGUUCUCUUCUUCUACUUUUCUUUCUGUCGCCCUCUCUCUCUCUCUCUCUCUCUCUCUCUCUCUUUUCCUCUCUUUCUCAUGUGCUGUCACACGAAAAAUCAUACACGCACGAUAAAGUUACCGGAAAGUACGUAACUGAUGGGCACGUAUCCUCGACGAAACACGCGAGGAUGAAAGAACGUAGCGGCGGAAGUGGCUGGCUCCGAGUCAUCGACGAGAAGAUAACAGUUGCAGAUGCAUUUA